GAAGAGUGCUGAGUCCAGAAUCAGAUGAUCUAGAUUGAGUUCUACUGAUUAGCAGAACCACGUCGGAACCUAAAUCCUAAAGCCGGGAUUUUCCAUUUCAUCUUUGCAUCAUUUUAUUUCUAUGAGCUUCCGAUGCCACACCUAAAAAGUCAAGGACUAGGUGAAGUUAUUUCUAAUGUCCCUUCCCGUUCAAAAUCUAAACGUGCUGUAGAUUUGCAGAGAACAGAUGGACAAGUUACAUAAAAAGGCUACUGCCUGCCUAAUGGAAGGAAGAUAACUGAUCCAUAAGAUCCAGGAGAUAACUGUUUCAUCCACAGGUGAAAUAUAUAAAGCACGCUUUAUAUAAAUAAGUAUAUUAUUUCAAACGCUUGCCUUCUUUUUAGGCCCUUUUUAGAACCACAAAAUAAUAAUAAAGUAAAAUCGGUCAGAAUAUUCCUUUUCUCAAAAGGUUACAGGGCCUUCAAAGGGGGCGGAGUGGAGGGUGGGGGUAGGGUCCUGUUAAAAGUUGAGUGUGUCCAAGCUUCUGGUCCAGGCAGAGAGCUAUAAGCGCGCGGCUCCUUUAAAAGGCUGCCUCUGCAGGCUCGACUCCCUCCUCCAGCCACCCUCCUUGCCGGGGCUCCCGCUGUGAUUGACACAGAAAGAGAGGAGGCGCCUGGUGCUAACAAAAGUCUGAGCCACUGGAGAGCAGCGUAGGGCCGUGGGUCUCCUCUCUGGGAACCAGCAACAAGUGGCUUGCAGUGGCACUUUCCCUUAGGAAGAAGUGGAUAGCCAGCGCUUGGACUGAAGAAGCCCGGUAUCUCCUCUCCUCUUCACCCUCGGGAGCCCUAGAGCGCGGAUGGGGACCCGGAGGGGAUGCCCGCUCCUGCCUGGUCCUGGGAUGCUGAAAGCGGCACCGACGGAUUGCUCUAGUCCUAUCUGAUCCGGCGUGUGGAUUAUUAAGUGGAUCUGCGGCCCCUCUGAUUACCUUCCUUGCAAAAAGAAAAAGAAAAAGAAAAAGAAAAAUCAAAGGAGAGAAAAGCAAGGGGUGGAAGGAAAAGAUCAAGUCCAUUUGGAGAACCAAGGGGUGGGGAGGGGGGGGCGCAUUGCCUUCCUGGAGAUGGUUCUUGUUUAAGGGUUCUGAAGUAUGUCAAAGUAAUCGUCCGGGAUAGAAGGGUUCACUUGCUCGCUUCCUCAACCUCUGGCUGCCUAAGAGCCCCGCUUUGGCUGGUUAGACAUGGUGUGUAUGGGGAGAAGGAGAGUAUGAAGCCUGCAGAAUGGGAGCGAACAAUGGCAAACAGUACGGCAGUGAGGGCAAAGGCAGCUCAAGCAUCUCAUCCGACGUGAGUUCAAGUACAGAUCACACACCGACCAAAGCUCAAAAGAAUGCAGCUACCAGUGAAGACUCCGACCUGAGCAUGCGCACACUCAGCACCCCCAGCCCAGCCCUCAUCUGUCCACAGAACUUGCAUGGAUUUCAAAAUGGAAGAGGUUCAUCCACCUCAUCUUCCUCCAUCACAGGGGAGACAGUGGCCAUGGUCCACUCUCCCCCUCCAACCCGCCUCACCCACCCUCUCAUCCGGCUAGCCUCUAAACAGCAGAAAGAACAGGCUCACAUUGACCGCCUCCCAGACCACUCUAUGAUCCAGAUAUUUUCCUUCCUGCCUACCAACCAGCUGUGCCGCUGUGCUCGUGUGUGCCGCAGAUGGUACAACCUUGCGUGGGAUCCUCGGCUCUGGAGGACUAUUCGUUUGACUGGUGAGACCAUCAAUGUGGACCGGGCACUCAAAGUAUUAACCAGAAGACUUUGUCAAGACACACCCAAUGUAUGUCUCAUGUUGGAGACGGUGACUGUUAGUGGCUGCAGGCGGCUCACAGACAGAGGACUUUAUACCAUUGCCCAGUGCUGCCCAGAGCUGAGGCGGCUAGAGGUUUCAGGCUGUUACAACAUCUCCAAUGAAGCUGUUUUUGAUGUGGUAUCCCUCUGUCCCAACUUGGAGCACCUGGAUGUGUCAGGAUGCUCUAAAGUCACUUGCAUCAGUCUGACUCGGGAAGCCUCUAUCAAGCUGUCUCCUUUACACGGCAAACAGAUUUCCAUCCGUUACUUGGAUAUGACAGACUGCUUCGUGCUGGAGGACGAGGGUCUGCACACGAUCGCGGCGCACUGCACCCAGCUGACACACCUCUACCUGCGGCGCUGCGUCCGCAUCACCGACGAGGGCCUCCGCUACCUGAUGAUCUACUGCGGCUCCAUCAAGGAGCUGAGCGUCAGCGACUGCCGCUUUGUCAGCGACUUUGGCCUGCGGGAGAUCGCCAAGCUCGAGUCCCGCCUGCGCUAUCUCAGCAUCGCGCACUGCGGCCGGGUCACGGAUGUGGGCAUCCGUUACAUCGCCAAGUACUGCGGCAAACUGCGCUACCUCAACGCGCGGGGCUGCGAGGGCAUCACGGACCACGGGGUGGAGUACCUGGCCAAAAACUGCACAAAACUCAAGUCCCUGGACAUCGGGAAGUGCCCCUUGGUGUCGGACACUGGCCUGGAGUGCCUGGCCCUUAACUGCUUCAAUCUGAAGCGCCUGAGCCUCAAGUCCUGCGAGAGCAUCACGGGGCAGGGUCUCCAGAUCGUAGCCGCCAACUGCUUCGACCUGCAGAUGCUGAAUGUGCAGGACUGUGAGGUGUCCGUGGAGGCCCUGCGCUUUGUGAAACGCCAUUGCAAGCGCUGUAUUAUAGAACACACCAACCCCGCCUUCUUUUGAGUGGACAGCCUCUGUCUAUGAUCUCUUUUUAUAAAAAUCAAAAACAAAACAAAACACACAACAAAAAAAAAUUUGUUUUUUUUUUAACCAAAAAAAUGUUAAAGACAGUACAUGUAAGCACAUGCCACUCUCAUUUGCAAUAGCUGUUUGUUCUUUUGGGGUUUUUUUGUUUUUUAUGCUUUGAAGCUCAUGGGAAUCAGCUUUUGAUUAUUUGUUAUGAUCUACACAAAGAAAACAAAAAUAAGCCUGUUUCUAUUGUAGCUGUUACUUUCUUGUUUCUGGCUGGGUUCUUGUAGGUAAUCUUUCAGAGGGCCUCAGCAGGCCAGUCCUACUGCUACUGGGAAUCCCCAAGAAAGCACUGAUCUAAGAUGCUCCCAAGACUGCCUGCAUUUGGCACAAAGGCCCAAACUCCACACUUAUUUGGAGUAAAACACAUUCCUCAGUCCGAUAAACUAAUGUGAAUGCCACAAACUAUCUUGAGAAAUGGGUCAGUAGCACUUUACAAAGUGCUUUCCAAACUUUUCUUUGUAGAUUAAUUACUCCCCACAAGCAUUCUGGGUCUCUGUGCUCAUGCCCAUUUUAGAAUAAUGGAAAUGAGAAAAAUUGUGUUGUUGUUAUUGUUGUUAUAAACCUAAUGUGAUUUUCCCUUAGUCACCCAGGAAGCCUUCCUCCUCCAAAUGAAUGUCUCCCUUUUUUUUUCUUUAUGCACUGAGCCAUUUUGCCAACCUAUUCCAGGAAGGAUAUUCUAAGGUGCUAGUCUCAGUGUCAGUUUUCUAAUUGUCUCUCUCCCUCAUCUGAGUGAUCUCAAUGUGUGCUCCUGGAACCUAUUUCAUAUUAUUACCAUGCUCUGUUGUUCGUAAUGCUCUAUGAGCAUGAUUAACAGGCAGCACUGACAGGGCGGGGUCUAUAUAUCUGAGGAUGAGAUUAGAGAAAUCAGUUUCAGACAGAUGCUGAGCUGAGAUCUUUUAGUCUUUCAUUGGUAUAAAAGAAAGUCAUCCUUCCAAAGCCUUUGCUAACAGGGGGAAAUACCCUUGAAAUUUUUAAUUAAGAAGUGAUGCCCAAAAGACACACCCUUUCACUCUACAAAAUAUUUUUUUUUCCUUUUCCUCAGUGCACAUGUGGCAGGCACAUCUGUACUCCAGCUGUGAGAGAACUAACCAGAUUUCCCUUUUGUCAUUCAGACUUCUGUUUUUCUUUUUCAUUUAUUUGUUCCUUUAUGCACCCAUACUUCAUUGAAUGUAUGAAAUCUUUUUGAGGUUGAACCCUUAAAUGCCUAAUUGUGCACAGUGUCACCUUGUGUGCAUAUUUCCAUAGUUCUAUGCAUAUUCCACUUCAAAGGAUGAGUAGUUAACUUCCACAUUUGUAAUGGUGCGCUCUAUGGAUAUGGCAUGCAUAUAAACAAGGAAACACAUCAGUGAGAUUUAGACUCUGACCCACCAACCAUGUCAACCAUUCUUUAGAAAUAAAUACAUACCUAUGCACACGUGAUUUCUAAACAGGAAGUUACCGUUUUAUAGUGGAGUGAGUUUUUGGCAGUUCAAUUUGCAUAAAAUCAAUAAGCCAGGGGGGAAAAUUCCAUUGCCUUUCUAUUUGAAGUUCAUUCCUUGAUUCCAACUAGCAUGUGAGUUUUUAAAUGCUCCUUCACAGCUCCCCACCCUUAAUCAUUCACUUCUAAAAAUUGUUCUACUUCCACCCAAAAGGAAUGGCAUCCAAAUCAGGGCCUCUAGACCUCCAAGCCAAGCAUGCUAAAUCUGUUUGCAGAGCAAGGCCUGUACAAUGAUUGACAAUGGCUUCGAGUCAGAGGCCCCUGUGCUGUACAUGUGUUGGGAAGUAGGAGCUGAAAUAGGGAAUCAUCUGCCCAGUCUGGUUCUCAUAAUGAAACAGUAGCUUGCUUUCCAGACAACAUCAUUAGCAUCAUUGACGUAGCAUUCAAAACCGUGUACUAAGAGGGAAAAAAUGCAUGAUCUGGCUGGAAAUACCACUUAGAAACACUCACACGGCUUAUAAACGUAUACAUGACCUGAAGCAGCAUUCUACAUGCAAUCUGUGUCCCUUGACUGAGGUUUAUUUGUGAGUCACAGAGAACGUUCCCUCAUACUGGGCGAAAUGAUCUCCCAGGUGAGUUUAAGAUUCCCUAGCAGACCCUUAUGUGCCAGAGACCACUGGCUACUCGGUGGCUCCAAAUAUUAAAAACCUUAUCUUCCUGCCGUUUAAUAAGUGUCAAAUUUACUGCUUUCUGCAUAUCUGACAAGGUCAACUCUUUACAGUGAGUGUACAGCAUAUCUUUGCUUUAUCCAGUUUCUAACUUUUCCCCCAGACUUCUCUUCAUGAUGUUCCAUAGGGAGUUCAAGAAGUUUGAAUGUUUGGAGGAGGUAAUUGGAAAUUGAGUUUAGCAAGUUUUAAGAGACCAACCAAAUGGCCUUAUUAGCAAAUUUGACUGUUUUAACAUGUUGCUUCCUUCCUGGCUAUGCUAAAUUGAAUGCUCUUCUUUAAAAAUUUCUAAUGUUGGAAUCAUUGCGUGCUGUAUGAUUCUCUAGAAAGCCAUUAAUUUACUACCAUCGAGAAAUAAAGCAAUAUGUCAGUAA